CAUCACCCCUCCUUCACCUUCACAUCCGACAUAUCAAUCCCUCUUUCUCUCUCUCAACCUCCUCUACACAUAUCUCGACAUUAUUCCCGAAUCUCCACCACCACAAACCAACUCACACCGCAAUGCCCUCCCUCAAAGAAAGCACCAUCGCCUUCAUCGGCGGCGGCAACAUGGCCUCGGCGAUCAUCAAGGGCCUGGUGGCGCAAAACAUUCAGAAGCAGAACAUCAUCGUCGCGGAGCCGUGGGAGGUUAACCGGAGCAAGAUUGACGCGAUCGGUGUGCGCACCACGACCGACAACGUCGCCGCCGGCGGUGACGCCGACAUCGUUAUCAUCGCCGUCAAGCCGCAGAUCACCAAAACCGUGUGCCAGGAGCUGGCUGCCUCGUGGGCUCAGCGCUCCGCCCUCCCCAUCGUCGUCAGUAUCGCCGCCGGCAUCACCAUGAAGAGUCUGCGCGAGUGGGUCCAGACGAGCGACGGCCGCUCGGCGCACAUCGUGCGGGUCAUGCCCAACACCCCCGCGCUGGUCAACGAGGGCGCCUCGGGUCUGGUCGCCAGCGAGGAUGUCACGGCCGCGGAGAAGGAGGUCAUCGGCGAGUUGCUGGGCAGUGUGAGCAAGGCGACGGAGUGGGUGGAUCGCGAGGAGCUCUUGGACGUCGUUACGGGAUUGUCUGGAUCGGGUCCUGCUUAUUUCUUCGCUAUGGUCGAGCACCUCGUUGCCAGUGCCACUGCACUUGGUCUGUCUAAAGAGCAGGCUACCCGCUUGGCGUCUCAGACGUGCCUGGGUGCCGGUAAGAUGCUGGUAGAGUCGGAUGAGGAGCCUGCGCAAUUGCGCAAGAACGUCACUAGCCCCAACGGCACGACGCACGCGGCGUUGCAAACGUUUGAGUCGCUUAACUUCAAGGAUAUUGUGGACAAGGCUGUUCAGUCUGCUACGGCACGGGCUGAGGAGUUGGGAAAGACUCUCGGCUAGAUCUGAUAUUUGAAUGCCAAAAUGACAUAAAUUCGUGAUCCAACUUAUACUACGCUACAGACUGAAUAAAGUAGUGGCCAGGAUAUGGCAUGUUGGUCAAGGG